AGAGGGGAGGGCUGACACAGACAAAUAUAUUUUCCCUUUGGCUUUUAGUUUUCCCUUAUUCAGUCCUGUUCCGAUCAACAAGGGGAGAAAAAGGGGGGCAUAGAGCAGGCGGGGUUUUCGAUGGAGCUGAGAGAGUGACAGAUAACAGUCGAACACUCAGUCUGUGGAUAUAUAAUGGAAGCCAGCGUUGUUUCCCAGGACACUGGCCACACAAGCCCUCUGACAGGAGCACUCGACACUCCGUCCAUCUCCUCAUCUUCUCCCCUCUCUCCACCUUCCCUGCCCUCCCACCCUCCAGCCCGGCCAUGUCGACCCAAACCACCACCUCCUAUAGUAAAAUCCUCCCAUCUCCCCUCUCGACCUCCUCUACCUCCACCCUCUUCUCUGUCCCUCCCUCCUCCUCCUCUCCCUCCUGUCUCUAAUCCUGUUCCUCUUUUUGCUCCUCCCCCAAAUCUUCCACCUCCUCUCUCCCCUACCCAGGUCACCCCAUCUCCACUGCAUUCUCCCCAGCCAAGUGUCUCCUCUGAUCUUACUACUCCCCAAUCUAUUUUGCUUCCAUUAUCUCCUACAGUAUCAUCCUCCUCCUUGUCACCCCCACCUCCACCUCUCCCUGUCAUUCCACCAUUUUCUCCUGCUCCUUCAUUGCCAUCCCCUAUCGAUUGCCUGGUUGGGAGUGCCUCCAUCUGGCAACCCAAAGGACUCAGUCAAGACCAGACCGCUAGUAUAUUGGAGAAGGAGAUGCCUGGGGCGUUCCUGGUUCACACCACAGAAGACAAGGGCAUGACACUGUCAGUACACCUGUCUGAUGAAAAAGGGGCACCGCUUGUGCACAGUCUGUUGGUCAAACAACACAAGAAAUUUGUCCAUUUAGAAGGCUCAUCUCUGGUUUUUGAUGACAUCUUCAAGCUGAUCUCCUUCUACUGUGUCAGCAGGGACAUCCUGGCCGUCCCACUGAGGUUACCCUGGGCCAUUACUACAGCAACUAAGAGAGAGGAGCUGGAAGCGAUCUCUGCUAUGGGUGCAGAUUUCUGGACAUCUGAUCUGAACCACCAAGCAAAGAACAAGGACCUGGUUUUGAAUGAGAACCACAACAGUCCGUACUUGUAUGUCAGCCCAGUAACUGUAGAAAAAAGCCCCAGCAAAGAUCUGCCUCCAUCUUCUGUCUCCACACUUGAUACCAUCACCAAUCAAAACACCACCUCCUCCCUGCAGAAUGGAGAAGCCCCACAGAAGGUUAGCCCAGAGGUCAAAGGCCAAACUAAGAGCACACCAAACCACGAGCUUAAAUACAAACGCCCCCCACCCCGGCCUCCCAGCCUCAGUUCUGGGUCUGGGAUGGGCCUCCUCUUUUCCUCUCCUCCAUUGCUUGACACAUCAUCUUCUGCAAUUCCAGCAGCUGAACGGAAAGAACAAGGAAAGGAAGCAGUAGGAGGUGAGAGAGGGGAGAGGAAGUCAUUGUCAACAACACCUCUUCCGUUAAGGCCUCCUGUUCCCCCACAGAGCCGAUCCACUCCCCAGCUGCCUCCUCCUGCUCCUGUCCGUCGCACCUCCAGAAAAAUCACUGACCAAGAGGUGGGACAGGGGGUGGAGAGAGAGAAGGGACAAAUUCCUACACUGACAUCUGUGAAAAAAGGGGGUGAAGAGAGACAAGAAGAGAAUGGAGGAAGUAAAUCAGGACAAGAGGACAGCAGAAUAGAACAUCAAGAGGAGGAGGUAAAAAAGGACAAUGAAAAGAGAGAGAGUGAGGCUGAGAAGGAGAAAAAGGAAGUGACCAUGGAUAAAGAAGAGGAUAAACAAAAAUCCAGCUCCCAGUGUUUGCCAUUACUGAAGAAACCAUCCCGUCCAGUCCCUCCACCAAGGAGGGCACCAUGUUCCACAGAUACACCUGUGCACCCUAACCAGGCUGGAGGAGGAUUAGCCAAUCAGAAUGCUGGGAGAAAAGCUGCCCCUCACUCCCCAGCUCAGCGGCCGGAUGUGUCCUUGUAUUCGCCACAAGGGAACACUGUGCUGGGAAAUGACCCUGACUCCUGCUCUACCAGCAGCACAGAAGAAGAGGUAGAGCCGAACCAGGAACAGGAGCAAAGAAACCACCCUGCGGAGAGCUGUAAACCCAAGGCAGCAGUGAGGAGAACCCCCACCACCAUUAUGUUGGACCGAGCCUGCUACCGCCUGUCCACGGUCCUUACUGGGCUCAUCAGCCACUACCGCCGUCUCACACAGCGCAUAGUAGAGCUGGCCAGGGACCCUCUGAGCUACUUUGGUAACCUGGUAAAAGAACAUCGUGCUUUCACCUUGGAGACCAUGUCGAAGCACUCCUCCACCACUGAGCUGUUACAGGAGAUCAGGCAAAUGAUGACUCAGCUGAAGAGUUACCUGCUGCAGAGUGCAGAGCUGCAAGCCAUGCUGGAGCCACAACAUCAGUAUGCACAGGACAAACUAGAGAACAUAGUAGAAGCUGCUCUGUGUAAGAGUGUACUGAAGCCUCUAAAAGAGCCCAUUUACCAGUGUCUGGAGAAGCUGCACACCAUUAGCGGGAGCCUGAAACUACUGGCACAGAACCAGUCUGUUGUACUAGGCAGCACCACCACAGCAUUAGGAGUAACCACUGCUGUCCCUGAGGCCUCGGCUAUGGAGAAGAUCAGCAUCAAACUGAACAACCUCCACUUGGAGUAUUCACCUCAGAAAAAAAUUGAGAUGCUGCUGAAGGCCUGCAAGAUCAUCUAUGAUGCCAUGUCUGUCAGCUGUCCAGGACGGGCUCAUGGUGCUGAUGACUUCCUGCCUGUAAUGAUGUAUGUGCUGGCUAGAUGCAAUCUGGCUGACUUGCAGAUGGAUGUUGAAUAUAUGAUGGAGUUGAUGGACCCAUCACUAACACUAGGAGAGGGGUCUUAUUAUCUUACCACCACAUAUGGGGCUCUGGAGCACAUUAAGACUUUUGACCAGCAGAGGUCGGCAACACGGCAGCUCAGCAGAGAGGUUCAGGAUUCUAUCCACCGCUGGGAGAGACGACGCACGCUCAACCAGGAGCACACGGCUCAAGGAUCUGUUCGGGACUUUCUGACAGUGUGUUGUCCCAAGAUUGAAACCAACCCCAAAACUCUGGGUGUCCUCCCCACCACCACAAUCCAAGAGCUGACUGAGCAGUGUGCUGCACGCUUUGAGCAAGACUCCUACACACUCAGUGUGUAUACAGAUGGUGUUCACAGGCACCUGGCCUCCACAGAGCUGGCUCUUAGUGUUAAGAACAGCUGCCAACCUGGAGCCUACUGCUUUGUCUAUCACCCUAAAGAUCAACCCUUCGAGCCUGGGCGCAGCUGUCCCAGUGAGCCGCCCCCAGCUCCACCUGCAGAAAGCUUCUCCCCAGCUGACACAGCAGCUGUCGAUGUUGUGGAACCAGAGGUGGCAGAGGAGAGUCUGAUUAGCUUGUAACUGCUAGAGCAUCACAGUGGCUAUUACUCUAUUGCUCUAGUGACUACAUUGCUACAUUGCAGUAUAUCUACAUUGCUGCAAUGACAGUGUUACUGCAGCAACUGCAUCAACAUUACCAGUUCAAAGGAAGAGGGGAAUGAACUUUAAGAAAAUGUUUGAAUGUCAUGUCUCACCUGAAAUAUUAAUCUGAGGACUUAAAUGAAAAAUAUGACUGAUAGGGAUUAGUGGAUGAAACAUGGAUUGUAUAGUAUGACAUCUUUCUUUUGAAUUCAUUCUAUAUGAUGUUAUGGUCUGGUGCCACAUGCUACAUGAAUCACCACAGAGAGCAGUGACCAACUAAAAUGAGCUAACAAAAAUAUAAAAGAUUGAUUUUGUAUUUCAUCGAGGGGUCUGGUACCCCACGAAAUGGUUUUACAGAAUGUAAAAAUAUAUAUUCUUAAAUGCACAUACAUGAACACAUUUAUAUUGUUUAUACUCUGAUACUUUAUGCUACUCUCUCUCUCUCUCUCUUGCCUGAGAUUUGUCAGCUUUAUUUUAACAGGAUGAAGCUGUAAUUUCUAUGGUAUACUAAUGUAAUCAGCAUUUAGAUCAGUGUUGCUUUGUUUCCCAAUAACCGCUAAAACACUUGUUUAAAGGGGGAAAUGCCUUAAGCAGCUAUUAUAACCUUCACUUUUAAUACAGAAUCCUCAGAAACGGGGUUUCCUUUGACGUUUGUCUUCUAUAUAUUGAUUCUGACUGCAUUGUAAAUAAACUGGCUUCUAGAUGCUGUUUCUUGUUUACUUUGACAUUUCUAAACUAACAACAUUAACAACAUUUCUACAGUACAUACAUACCUCAAAAGGGUUCUCUUAUCUAAAAUAAUUAUUCACACAUGCCAUAUACAUCAGUUAUAAGCCAUUAGUAAGACCAAAGUGUACGUGUACGAGGAUAAGAACUGGCUAACCAUUUUAUUGUUAUCAGUGGCCCAUAAGUCAUCUGUAAAGCAUUACUAAAUUACUUAACUAUUAAUAACCAGAAGAAAAUCAUAAAAAAAAGAAACUGGGACUACAAGGAUACAAAAAAGAGGCAAACAAUGGGGGACAGAAAAAAGGAAAGUGCUUUAUUUCUGUCUACGCACGUGCUUUCAUCUACAGAAGACACCAACAUUUAACAAUACCAGUGUAAUAGUUGUGGAGGGUCUGCUUUUUACUGCAUGCUUGAUUAGCUGGAAUUAAAUGGGCAAUGAAGACUAGCUGGGUGUACUCAUGUAUUGAGCUGUAGCUUGAUCAUUUAACUUUUAGAACAGAAAUAAUGAGAUAUUUCAAGGAUAUUGUCAAAAGAAUUUCCAAACAGAGCAACAAAGUCACUGGAAUGGUAACAGCAGUAUUCUUUACUUGCAGCAAUGAGACAAGUCAGCAUGAGCAUACAGAGUUGUCUGAAUGAGAUAGGUGGAAACAGUACAAUCUAUAGUUGAAAGGGAACUCCCUGAGGAUGCAACCCAGGCGUUAACCAAGUCUUAAAGUAGAUUUAAAGAGCAGAAAGGAAGUUGAAAGGGGGUUGCCCUGAUAGCCCCUCAGACACUAAAUAAGCUGGGUGCAUGUUUAUUUUCACAGUUUAUGGCUGGGCUCCUCUAAAUCUGGAACAUCUUGUAGUUGAAUAUAUCACAGCACACAGAGUUUAAAAAGAAAGAUAAAACAUGUCCUUCAGGUCACACAAGCAGUUUCUCGUGGUUCUCUGGUCUGAAAGUUUAAAAUCCAUUGAAUAGCAUAUGUUGGUUAAUAUAUUGAUUAAAACACAGCUUAAAACAUAGUUAAUAAUGUAAUUCUCCUGACAUUUCCCCCCGUUUAAACUUUUAGAAACAUUUUAUUUAUAGCAUAAUUCUUAAUCUUGUUCAUCCCAGGAUCUCAUUGUUUAAACUCUCCCUUUCAGGUUUUCAUUAUGUUAGGUAUUUUUAGUCAGAUAGAUAUUAGU